AUGAUACGAUCUCGUGCCGAAAGCUUUUCCAACAAUGAAGAAGACCAUGGAGCUCUUCUACAGUACUGGUCUGAUUCGAUUGCAAAGAAUAUGUCCAACGAUGAAAACCUGCUACUGACGAGGAAACUUUUACUAGCGAGGAAGCUAUGUGAUGAUGAUUGGUGUACUUGGUGGGACAAGCAGCAAGCCGCUCAACGCAUUAUGGAACGCGAAGACAAAAUGCAUUCAGCGCAGGGCUAUUUUCAUCGAGGAUGGUAUUGGCUCCAUAUGGGAAAGUAUAGUCGGAGCUUGUUCGAACUCAAAAAGGCACUCAAUUUGUACGAUAAAAUUCCCCCGAUGGCGGAGGUUUCAGUGGAAAGGCAGCAAGACUUUCUCGAACGAAAAGCAAAAUGUCAUUAUGCGCUUGGACAAGCCAUGAUGGGCACUUUUCAGAUGGGUGAGGCUGAGAAGGAACUGUAUCGAGCUUGGAGAAUCAGUGCCAACUAUGAAGAAAUGGAGUCAAUGACAAAACAUGUAGAACAUUUGAUGGAGGUGGCCUUAUCACACAACUGGGGACAGCUGGAAGCUCACUGUCGUACAGUCCGUAUCAAGAAUGCAAUAGAACACGAAGUUUCUGCGGACUGCAUGUAUGCCAGCGGCAAUUUACAUGUGGCGCUAGAAGAGUACCGAAAAUGUCUGAUUAUACAAGACGAGAAGGAAUCCUAUCUCCGCACAGCCCAAGCUCAUGUUCGAUGCAAAUUAGCAGCGACAUUUCAAUCUCUUGAACGGUUAGAAGAGGCAUCCUACGAGUGGGCCACAGCAUUACGCAUUUACCGACACGAUUUGGGUCCAGAUCAUUCCCGAACUCUAGCAACAAUGAAGCGAUUCAGGGCCAAUCAUGCUCAACUUGCCGAAAUUGCAAUUAUUGAAGCACAGGGACAUGUUCGGUAG